AUGGGUUUCACGGAGUUAACAAACCCGCACAAAGCCAGCAACUUGCCAGGGUUUGUACACUCGUCGUUAAUUAGUUAUUGAAUCGUAGUUUGGGACAAGCGCUUGACACGAAGAGGGCCAUUCAGACCGGUGACACUUUUAGAUAGUAGAAUGUUAAAAGUACAACAACUAGAACAGGGCCUGUUUAACCACGACAAGAAAGUGUAAACAGCCUUUGAAUUCGGGCUCAGAAAAAAGGCUGCAAUGGGAUAACAGUUAGAUUAAAAUGUGGAAAGUUAACUGGAAAAUUUAGGCUUUGCUGGUGAUCAAUUAUUGAUAAGAAAGGCGUGUUUUCAUUUUACAAAUUCACAUGUUCCCCAUUCUGAGACAAGCGAAAAGAAAUGUCUUUUCGGAAACAGUGAAAUUAAGGCUUUCUACUAUUCCUUUCAAGAAUAAAAGUUUUUUUUUUUCUGCCGAGACUAAUUGGUUAUGGCACUUUGUCAAUGGCGUAACUUGAAAUCGCUGUUUUACCCCAGUGGUUCUUCUCUCCAAGUUAAUCUAGAAAAAAACAGGCUAUUUUAAAGCAAUGUGGCCACUACCGUGCAGUUUUUGUUCCCAGUUGUACUAAACUCUAUUUCCGCGUGUAUGACAUUUGCACGCGAUGUAAUCUACGCUCUUUAAUUUCUUUUACUCUAUAGUUCUUACUCGGCCGUCUAACUUUUCGCGUCAAAAAGGUUUCCGUUCGUAGCAGAAUGGAAUAACUUUUUUUUGUUGACGUUGCUAGAUGUAAAAACCAUAGCGUUUCUUGAAUGCAUAUGUACACAGUAUAAAAUGUUUCUUCCUUAUCAACAGGUACAGAGGUUAUUGCCCUCAGCUGAAAUAUGAAUGUGGUCACACAUACGGAAUCGCUACAGAUAAACUCACUGCAGUAAGAGAAACUUCACUAAAAUACAAAUAUUGCUUUUGCUUAAGUUUACUGAACUUAACCAAACAAUACCGAGAAUAGAUCUUCAACUUUUGCACCAUGCAUAUAUAUACACCGCUUUUGUUUAGUUGUCAACGUGGAAAGCACACAAAAGACCGCACAAAAGCGUUAACUUUCAAUUCCAAAGUUCUGGAAAGUUUCUUUAAAAUAAAGCAUGCAUAAAUAAAAGAUGCACGAUUUUGGGGAGGUUAUCAAAAAGGUAUAUGUCCUUAAUUCAUUCUGUCGUUUAAUUAAGCUCGAGCAGUUCAAAUUNUUCAACUUUUGCACCAUGCAUAUAUAUACACCGCUUUUGUUUAGUUGUCAACGUGGAAAGCACACAAAAGACCGCACAAAAGCGUUAACUUUCAAUUCCAAAGUUCUGGAAAGUUUCUUUAAAAUAAAGCAUGCAUAAAUAAAAGAUGCACGAUUUUGGGGAGGUUAUCAAAAAGGUAUAUGUCCUUAAUUCAUUCUGUCGUUUAAUUAAGCUGGAGCAGUUUAAAUUUUCUAAUUUCAGAAUCCGGCAAAUGACAUGUGCAAACAUAUUUUUAGCACAUGCAAAGUCCAUUCAACCCCACUCUUCUCAGUUUUUAAUGUUACGUUCUGAAAAGGCAUAAUUUGUCAAGUUUGUUGUUGUAGAAACUAAUAUGGUGUUUAUUGCUCCAUAGAGACACAUGCGUAAUGAGAAGCUUGUCCCUACGACAUUACCAGAUCCAAAGGAAAGAGAACCAUAUCUGCCGACACCGAAUGGGGACAACAAGCUCACGUUAGGAAUGGUCCCAUAUUAUACUGGUCAGUAAUACAAGCUUGAGAUAGUCCUCAUUCUCUCUAGCUUGGGUUAACCCUUAACUAAAGUCAGUAUUGGCCAGUCGCGGACCGAUCAUCUACUUGAAAAUGAAAUAAGUAGUAUUUGCUAAGACUCAGCCGCCCUGCAUAUUAAUAUUGUUUUUGAAAUUGGACUAAUCAUGCUAGACAGUCCUGAUUAAUAGUGAAAUUCUCUUUAUUGCUGCACUGGUCUGGCCGGUCAGCUUUAACAAAUGGUAAGCACCCUUAAUAUCCCUUUGUCAGUAGCUAGGAACAGAAUGGUAAAUCCGACGGAGGCUUUGCAAGACAUGGGAGAUAUUGGUUAAAACUCCCAGAUCGGGACUUUUGGCUACUAUCAACAAAAUCAGAGACCGAUACUUUUACAUGUUUUAUAGUUUUUAGUGAUGAGAAAAUUCGAGCCCGAGACUAAACUGAUUCUAAGAGCUAAAAAGGUUUCGAAACAAAAAAUUUCUCCAAAGUUCAAGAAAAGAACUAAAUCUCCAAAUGUGUGCUGUGUGUUUAUACAUAAAUCGCUGCCUUAUUACGGUAUACGGUAUGGAGCACAGUGUCAGUUAGGGGAACCUUCCAGACUUAUAUUUUCAAAAUUCGAGACGUUGCAGAGACGGUCUUGAUUCUAGCGCUAGCGGGACCGAGUGAUUCCAAGACUCUAACAUGAAAGCCGAAUUUAUUUUGUUGUCCGAGACUGGUCAUUUUUGGAUAAGCCAUUAUACAUAUCUGUUAACCAAUCGCCUGACCCAUGUCCACACGACUUCGUUAAAAUUUGUAAAACCGCAAAUAUACAAAUUUAUACACGGUUAUUACUUGCUUCACAGGCAAGUGGACCGUAAACGCCGGAAUUUUCGUAAACGGCUUACAGAGCGCGAAGACGGUUAAGGGAUCAUUGCACAGUGUGGAUCGCUAAGGAGUCGUAAUCGUUGUUUACACGGCCGGCGGAACCACUGGCAGUCGCGCGUACACGACACCGUUUUCUCACGGAGUUACAAAUUUAGAUGCACGUUUGCAAGCGUUUUUUUUUCCUUAAAAAAAAAACACAACACAGACUGCUGUUUCACAAUCUUUAUCUGUAAAUGAGCUACUUUCGCUAUUAAUCUAAACUUUAAAAACGCAAUGAGAGUAUCGUGACCAUAACGAAAUCACCUCUUUUUUUCCUUUAUUUUUUUAAAGAAUAUAGUCUCUCAUAGACCUUCCCACGGUUUUUUCUAACUUUUGACAUGGACAAGUAAGGAAGAAUCUAUCAACUCCUCUGGAAAGAGCGCCUUUAAAUUAAUAAUGUUAGCAAGUUUAGAAGUGAAGAGUUGAAAGCUCACGAAGAUAAAGCUCUCAAAGUCGCGUUUGUAUUGUGGGGGCGGGGGGGGGGGGCACAAUCUUGCCCCCCACCAUACAAACGUUUGUAAAGUUUUGCAACUUUGCAGAUCUAUAUCUUCGCUCGCUUAAGACAAAUUGCUUUCGAAUUUGGAACGUUCUCUAAUUUUACGGCGCUCUUUCUAGUGAUGUUGACGGAUUUUCCGGAUUUUUUUUCCGGAUUUUUCAAAAGUUGAAAAAACCGUGGAAGGGUCACUCUAUCAUUUUUAUUUCAAGUUCAGAUUAUUGCAAAAAUGUUUACUUGAUAGAGUCAUCCUUUUAAAUAACUUUUAAUAUGCACUGUUUUUGGUUUCCUGCGACAGGUUUUGUGGGCUUUGUUUCAUGGAAAUUAAGAUAUAUAAGGUUGUCUUUAAUGAUGUUUACUGAAGGCUCACCAAGUUGCAAACUUCCUCAUUAAAAAAAUAUUAAUUUACUUGAAAUACAAGACAUGUUUUCAAACUCAAUAACGACCCCUACGAAGAUUAGAGUUAAGCAAACAUAGUUAUCAUCCAAAAUAACUAAAUUUAAUCCUUUUGUAAACUCUCAGCUCUCUUCGACAGUCAAUUAUGAGAUACAAUCCAUGUUUAUCAUAGAGUAUGCUUUAACUUUCGAGUCCACCCACGAAAUUAUCGCUGUCGAGUGAUCAUUUUGAUGAAGCUUCCGCUUCAGUACAUUCACAGAAUGUUAUUAUUUUGUUUUCGGAAUGAAUAUAUUCACAGGGAAGAAACAAUAGUUCAAUUUGAAUCGAGUUAUAAUAAGUCUAAAUUCUUUUCUUUUGUUCUUCUUCCCUUUCUUCAUUUUCAGGAUAUGUCCCCACCAUGCGGUUUUUGUAUGGAUCCCGUUACAGAGAAGCUACGGAGCAAGCAGUUAGCAACUUUAUGAAGAAGGAUCAGACUCACCGAGCGGAACAGAACCAUUUGAAGAAAACUGUGUACAGCCAUUCAAAAUUAAAGCCUGUACCGAGUUACAAAGAACCCAGCAUGUAUCCCGAUCUUAGGCCAAAAUACGCUAAAGGUUAUUUCCCAAGUAGGUGGACUACAAACUUGGGCGUUAAAUCUACAAGCCGAGUCAAUUUAUUUCUAACUUUAGAGUCUGUGGAUGGAAUCACAUCAUAUAACCAUUCAAAUGAAACCUCUUUAGCAGGAUUUUCACAUUGUACUAUUUGUUUUAUAUAAUUUUGCAAAAAGAUAUAUUUCAGAACGUUAUACAAAGCACCAGGAGCCCAUAACCCGUAGCGAGCGCAUUGGAAGUAUCAACAAGGAAAACUAAACCUUUGUAAAAGACAAAAAAAAAUCAUUUUUAGGUCUGUAGGUUUUGGCUGUGACUGAUUUGUGGAAUUAAAAAUUUGCACGAAAAUCGUUCUAAAAAUACACUGGUCCAUGCAAACGCCGUGACACGAGCGCAUGGAAGUUGCUCGCUCCAGGUUAUGGGCUCCUGAAAGCACUGGAUCGCUCCAUGUAAGGUAAUCCGAAUUCCGGAAUACUGAAUGCCACUAACGAUUAGAAUCCGGAAUCCAAGUUCCACCGACAUAGGCUGUCUACUCUUAGAUAACCUUACACAGAGCGAACUGGGAGAAGUACUACCGACUGUCACUGCCGGGCUUACUGCUGGCAGUGUAUUAAACAUACUGAAUAGCGUAAAAUGAGACGUUUACAAAUAAUCACUAUGAUCAGGGGCAAAUAAAAUAUAGACCUACUUUGCGUGCAAUGGACCAGCCGCAAUAGAUCAGGUUCAGAUUCCAAGAAUGAACAAGAGACCGUUAUUUUUUUCAUCCCAUUUGUUCUAAUGAAACAGUGAACAGGCAAGUGCCCGAAUAUAUAUCAGAGAACUGUUUGCCUACACCAAUUCCAUUCACAGACAUAAUCUGCGGAGCUCGCAACACAAUCUCUUCGUUCCAAGACCAUACUGAGGCAUUUAAGAGUUUCUGGUAUAGAGGUGCUGUCCUAUGGAAUAGCCUGUCGGUCGAGGCUAAGCAGGCCACUAGUUCAAAUAAUUUUAUUAAUUCAAUUAAUUAGUGGAGGCAAGGUAGGCUACUAGUUUAAUUAAUUUUUCGUACUCUAAUUUUGAAAUAAGAUAAUUUUUAUUAUUGUAAUGACAUAGGUUAAUGUUUAAGUAUUAAAAAGUGUUAUGUAUAACUUAUUGCUAAAGUGUACGGCUCCUUGGGAGAGCACUUUUUAGUGAAAAGGACUGCGUGGUUAAAUAAAGUUAUUGAUUUGAUUUGAUUUGAUAUUUUUAUCACAAUAGAGCAUUAGCCUUCGAAUACAGCCAUCUCUACUCGCACCUCGCCUCUAGGGACGGCUGCAUUCAUUAGCAGGCUAUUUAGCAUAACCUAAAAUCCCUUGUUGCCAUGACAGGUGAUCACCGCGAAUUCUGCGAGCCACCAGUACCAGGUUACACCGGCUAUGUACCUCGGAGGAGAGAACAUGACUUGGGAACUAGAUACGCCACAUGGACCAGGGACGGCUUUACUGACUCACUAGACAUGCGCAAUAAGCAGGAGAGCCUGGCCACGCAGAUUAUUGACGUCACAAGGUAACAACAGGAUCUCUUUUAGAGCAAACCCGGUUUGUAGUUGCCUGGUUCAAUAAUUGAAUGAAGAUCUAAAUUUCAUUUGAUUAGAUUUGAGCAAAAAACUGACUCUGUAGGUUUCAUUUCUUGUGAGGUAGUCGAAAAGGAACUUGAGCGUCGAUAAUUCUUUAUUUUUGACUGGAAAUGCAAUCUUUCAAAAUACUAGUCAUCGAAAUAUGGUCUUAUGGGCACUUCACUAUCUCUUUCUUUCAGAAUGCCUGUGUCAACCGUAAAAACCCUUAUUGCAGAGCAUGGAACACUCUACAAGAAAAUCGGAAUGAAGCCAAAAUAUACCGGAUACAUACCGCGUAAGUGAAUACUUAUUAAUAAACCGUAACUUAUUUCCUAAAUAUGCAAAUGUGAUGUAACUUUCCGUGGAUUAUGGGCUCCUGAUAACAUGCAAUAGAAAUUACAUAGCGAACAACUUGGAACCCGCUCAAAUUAACGUGUUCUUGAUUUGCGGCCUUUCGGCUUCAUGCCAAAUGAUCAAAAACUGAGUCUUGAAAACAGGUAAAAGCAUUGCCUCUAAAAACCCUGACGUCCACCAACAAAAAUCGAUGGAGGGAAAAUGAAUUUUCCUUCACCGCGCCCCAAAAAAACCGCCAGCUACAUCAGUAAUUAUUCUGUCAGUGUUGUUUUCAAUUUCCCGCCAUCGAUUUUUGUUGGUCCAGAUCUACCUUAACACAUCUCCCAACACUGAACGAAAAAUUGGAUUUACACCUAAUUUACUCAGUGCAAAUUUGGUGCAAAAAAAGUGUAAACUAAGGUUAAAUAAAGGUUAAAGAUGGUAAAUACCGCAUUUACCUAAAAUUUACACCCCCAUGUAAACUGGCAAGCAAAUGCGGUAUUUACCAUCUUUGCUUUUAAUUUCCCCUAGUUUGCACUUUUUUGCACCAUAUUUACACCUAGAAAAUUUGUGUAAAUCCAAUUUUCCGUCCAGCGCAAAUCGUAUUCUUGUGGGUGAUUUGAUUUAAUUUUACCUUUUUUUACCAGUAUAUUUGGGGAGGUAAUCAUCUCUUUUGGUCCUUAAAGUCGACCAUGUUCUUCAGGUGUAGGAACGGCUUUCGACAGUGGCAAAACCGAUGGAAAACACCGCAUUUUUUUCCGCGACAUAAACCGGAUUGAAACUAUACGCGAUUAUGCUUCCACGUUAUUUUCGGAUUAGCCUUUAGGAUUAGCCCCAACAAAACCGCCAGCAACUCAAUUAUUCUGGAAAGUGCUGUUUUCAAUUCAGUGUGGUGGAUAGUGGGGCCUGCUAGAUACGUAGACUAAUCCGAGAAUAACGUUAGAGCACGAUCGCUUAUUUUGCAAUCUUUAUGUGGUAGAAGCGACGGAGAAAAACGGGCGGAAACAGUUUUAAAACAAAAUGCGGUGUUUUCACCCGAUUUUGCCAUUCUUCGAAAGCCGUGUCUGCCCCAGAAGAACAUGGACCUUAAGGACCAAACGAGAUGAUUAUCUUACUAUAUAUACUGGUUAAAAAAACUAAAACUUAAUAAAACCACCCGCAGGAAUACGAUUUGGCAGACGUGUUAAGGUGGAUCUGGAAAACUGUACGUACUUCCGUAAAAAUUCUAGCUAUGCCCCUGUCUUCACCUUGCGGUCUUAUAAACUCUUACCCCGACAGAUAUGACAGUAUAACCAAGCCACGAACUUAUAACAUCAUAGUCAUUAUUAAAUCACAAGGAAUAUAUUCAGUCCCGGUGUAUUUCAUUAUUGACUUUAAAUUUCUAUUUUAGGAGGGUAAUGUCCUGUAACGUGAAUUGAGAAAAUGUUAAUUGUAGUGGCUUAAAUCCGUUGUUUUCGUCACUUUCCUUUUCUUUCAGAGCGCCGUUUUAGAUUUGGCAACACGUAUGGUGACACGACUCGUUCUUUACCAGUCUGC